AUGGACAAACGAGAAGUUUUAAGAGAAGCCCAACGACGCGUUCUCGAUAGCGACGCUAGAAGACGCCGACUUCGCAAAACUCUUGAAAUUCUCGAACAAGAUAAUCACGUUGAGGAUUGCCAGAGUGAAACUAAGACUACGAAAAGGCCGAAAUUCGAAGAUGAUACUCCUGGUCAAUCAAAGCGUCGACGCCGGACUACGAUUGGAAGGGCGAAGUUCAAAAAGACGUUUGAGCUGCUGUUAGACGAGGAAUACCAGGCGACAAAGGGAGGCCAAGUUGGCGCCUCGUAUUUCACUGCCGCUGUCCCCGAUAGUCGUCUACCGCCUCGAAAGUUCUGUUCCGUCUGCGGUUUUCUCGGUGCUUACGUCUGCGUGGUAUGCGGCUCGCGCUAUUGUAGCAUCAAGUGUCGCGACGUGCACAACGACACCCGCUGCCUCAAGUGGGUUGCCUAA